CCUGGAAACCACGUCACGUAUAUAUAGUGCUGCACUUCAGCGUCGGCUUCAUAGUCGAGCCGAACCGUUUGUCAGCAGCAGACAGAAGAGGAAAGUAGUGUCCUUAAUUUCAAGCACUCUGGUCUAAUGGGAAAAGUCUUUGUAAAUGCGUUUUAAGAAAUCUUGCCCAGAAGAGGUACACACUGGCCCGGGCCUUGAGGCAUAUCUGAAAGGAUUCAAUUUCACCGGUGAACCGCCUUGGCUGCUUGUCUACUGUUAGCUGCCAUAUAAUCCCAUCUCUUCCUGUGAUCCGUUUCUUUUGCAAUCCAAACUUGAUCAAUCACCAUGACCACUUUGACUGGAGAAGACUUUGACUUCACCUUCCUGGAGGAAGGUUUCUGUGCACGAGAUAUAGUGGAACAAAAGAUCAAUGAAUCAUCAUUAUCUGAUGAUAAAGAUGCCUUCUACGUGGCAGACCUGGGUGACGUUUUGAAGAAGCAUCUGCGGUGGGCGCGCAUCUUACCCCGCGUCAUGCCGUUUUACGCAGUGAAGUGCAAUGACAGCAGGGCUGUCAUCACAACAUUGGCUUCUCUGGGAGCUGGAUUCGACUGCGCCAGCAAGACGGAGAUUCAACUCGUUCAGUCUGUGGGUGUGGAGCCAAGCAGGAUCAUCUACGCAAACCCCUGUAAGCAGGUGUCUCAGAUCAAAUACGCCUCUGCCCAUGGGGUGCAAAUGAUGACCUUUGACAGUGAAGUAGAGCUCAUGAAGGUGGCACGGUGCCAUGACAAUGCCAAACUGGUUCUCCGUAUCGCCACCGAUGACUCGAAGGCCGUGUGCAGGUUAAGCGUGAAGUUUGGAGCCACGUUAAAGGCCAGCCGUCUGUUGCUGGAAAGGGCAAAGGAGUUGGGGUUAGAUGUGAUCGGAGUGAGUUUCCACGUGGGCAGCGGCUGUACUGAUCCUGAGACGUACACCCAGGCCAUCUCUGAUGCACGCUAUGUUUUUGACAUGGGGACGGAGCUGGGAUACAACAUGAUGCUGCUCGAUAUCGGAGGAGGUUUUCCAGGCUCUGAUGAUACCAAACUGAAGUUUGAAGAGAUUGCUGCUGUGGUAAAUUCUGCACUGGAUAAAUACUUCCCUGCUGACUGCGGUGUGAGGGUCAUCGCUGAGCCUGGACGCUACUACGUGGCGUCUGCGUACACGCUGGCAGUCAACAUUAUUGCCAAAAAGGUCAUCAUGAAGGAGCAGUCAGCCUCUGAUGAAGAAGAGGAUGAUGAUGGGGCCAACGACAGAACCUUGAUGUAUUACGUGAACGAUGGCGUCUAUGGUUCCUUCAACUGUAUUCUGUUUGAUCAUGCGCAUGUCAUGCCAACAUUGCACAAGAAACCCAAGCCUGAUGAGCGCAUGUACCAAUGCAGUAUUUGGGGUCCAACGUGUGACGGUCUAGACCGCAUCGUGGAACAGUGCGGCCUGCCAGACAUGCAGGUGGGCGACUGGCUGUUGUUUGAGAAUAUGGGGGCCUACACCGUGGCCGCAUCUUCCACCUUCAAUGGCUUCCAGAAACCUGAUAUUCAUUACAUCAUGUCCCGAGCAGCCUGGCGGUGCAUGCAGCAGAUCUGUGCACAGGGAUUGGCCGCUCUUACUGAGGAGCAGGGUACUGGACACGUGCCAUCCAACUGCGGGCGUGAGAGCAGCUUAGACGUUCCAGCCAAGCCGUGCCCUACUCGUGUCCUCUGAGCAUCUUCUGUAUGCACGCUAGCGCAGCUAAAGCCUGUUCAGUUCUCAUUCAGACAGCUAUUCGUCUUAGUUCUCCAGUGAUGUACAAUAAAACAUUGGUCUUGAUGUCCAACACGUUAAACUGUGAGCUAUUGAAUGAUGGCAACUGUUACAUGUUUUAUUGUAUAAUGCAAUUCUGUGUGCCUGAUGCCCGAACCUGAUAGAAGCACAUUUUGGCACCAAGUUUUUUAUUUCCUUUUUAUGUACUUUUUUUAAUGCCAGAAACUUGACUGGAGGAUGUAAGGGGGUUAAAUGUAUGUCCACAUCUCUGUGUUGGAUGACUGUAUGUUCUUAAAACUUGCUUUCAUUUAAAUUGAAGGGGGAGUAUUUUAUUAAAAAGACGUUGUGUUUUUUUAAAAAACGUUGAAAUGUCAACCUUCACAUACGCACAUACACCUUUACUUCCUAAAUGACCAUUUCCAAUUAAUACUUGAUUUGUAACUUAAAAAUAUUAUUGACCUGUAUAGCAGUGAUGCAUUAGAAAUGGACGUGAAAGAGAUGGGAUUGCAUUCAUGUUGCUUUCCUAUGGAAACUUUUUUGUAUUUUUUAUAUAAAUAAAAUGUAGCCAUAA